AUGGCUCUCCCGCCAGAGCAGAUCAACAUUAAACGCCGUCGCGAGGAGGAGCCCGUGGAGACCCUGUAUAUCCAGUCCGCGCUGCACCAAACCAAGCGCCGCUUCACAGACUUUGUCUUCCAGCGCGUCACGAUCAGCAGUAAGGACGUCCAAAAUGACACUGCCCCAGCACCACACCCAGCCGCGCAGAGACUCCUGCGCAGUCCCCGCUCCGUAAGCAGCUUGCACGCUCCUAAGACUCGAGCCGCGCAAUCUGUCUCCUCCAGCGGUGUGCCCUUGGUGCGAGCUACCUCUCCAGGAGCGGAGAUCCGCGACGCGCAACGGGCAGCCGCUGCGCAGAAAGAGACCGAGGAGAAACGUAAGCGUGCUUUGCAACCAUCUCCUUCUUUUCAGCCUGCGCCAGUGUCUGGUGCAGAAUCUCCGGUCAAGGCGACGGAAGAACAGCGCUCUGCUGCUCCGUCACCUAGCCAGGCACAUUCGGUGCGCCGGUUCCAGAUCUCCAGGUCCAGUAGUCCUAGCCUGGGUUCUCUCCGCGGCUCGGGUGGUAUCCAUAAGCGCCGGGAUGGUGCUUCGCCACGAGUAGCUGUUCUCGUUGAACAGCUGCGACGAAAGCCGCAUUCACGCCAGGCUUCGAUGGUCGCAGACCUGGUCGGACGAGCACAGGCCGAAGGACUUGACGAUGACGCUACAAAUAUGGUAAACGUGUCACCCAUCAAACCCAGGAAACGGCCCGUGGUGAACAAGGCCGAGAAGCGGUGGAGAGAAGAGCGACAGAGUGCCAUCUCAGCAGCGAAGCAGCAUCUCUCCGAGACAUUUGAAAAAUCCGCACAAGCGAAGCAGAGUACCUGGGACGAAGAGUCGGAGCGUCUUGCACGCGAGUUCGAGCAAGUCGCGCUGGAGAUGGAACAGGAUAUGGACGUUGACCAGAGUGAAAGUCCUGUGGCACCUAAGCAGCCAUCUCAGUAUACGCCUGUUUCUGCGCCGAAGCCGUUGAAGGUCCAGCCGCGGUUGCCCAAGCAGCCUCGUGCGGUGCAACAACCGACAGAGUCGGGUAUGGAGGAUGGUUCUGCUCAGGCGGAGGAUAAUGAUGAGGACUACGUCUACGAUGUCUACAUCCGCCGGCCAUUGGCCGAGUCUGAUAUGCUUACGAACCCGCUGGCCGAACUCGAAUCUGAUCAGCAGAUAAAGCAACUCGAGGCAGCCAACCGGGGCAUUGGUGUCAUUGUCAUCACCGCCGAGGACGAGGAAGUAUGGGAACACUUUGUCGAGGAUGACGAAGAAGAAUGGGAUAGUGAGGACGCGGAUUCCAAUGCCGAAAACAACCCAGCCAACGACUACCCAGAUGAAGAACUCUCGUCUGAAGACGAAAACGACGAUCCAACCGCCAUUUACAGCAAAUAUCGCCGCCAAGCGACGUCCGAUGACGAAGAGUUCGAUCUUGAUUAUUCCGACGGUGAGGGUGGCGCGCAUUUCGGAUCUGGAUAUGGAUACCAACCGCGCUAUGGUGGCAUGGAUUCUGACGAAGAGAGCUUUUGA